AUGCGCUGUUUCCAGUUCCUGCUCAGGGCCAUCCCUGCCGCCCUGCUCCUGGUCCUAUGCCUGCAGCUGGAAGUCAGUGAUGCUCAGGAAAACACUCGAAGGAUACUCAUAUUCGAUUUUGAUAUGCCAGAUAAAGCAAAAGCAAAUGAAGAGAUCAAUGUGAAACUUAAACUUGAAACAGAACUGAGAGAAUGCAUGGUGGUUAAAGCAUACCUCAAAAGUGAUGUCCCAGUUCAAGGUGCCUUCAACUAUAAAUACACCCGCUGCCUCUGUGCCGAUAGUCCAGUAACCUUCAUCUGGGACUUUCAUACGGACAGAACUUUAAGAAUUGCAGCAGUAGUUGACAUUGUUAAAGAAACCGGUAUCUGCACUGAAGAUAUGGCAGUGAUACCCAUCAAAGCAAACCGGUAUUAUAAGUUCCAUACCCUGGCAAUAGAUUAA